UAGGAGAGAGGAAUAUAAGGCAGAGGCUUCGUCAGGUUGGUAGCGAGUCUUCCGCCAUCAGUGGGUCCAGCUCCACCGUUUACCAUGGCGCUCCCUGUGCCAGUGAUGUUGUGUUUGAUGGUGGUAGUUCUGGUAGUGAGGGGGGUAGAGUGUGAUCCAGGGCCUCACUACCAUCACCAUGCAGGCGAGGGCGUGGCCGUACAUCCCGGAGGUGGUACAUCCUACGUCCGUGGUGUGGGUAAGCGCUCUGCUGAUCCUGGACCUGAACCUGAACCCGAACCCUUAGCCAGUGCCGAACCCCAUAACCCGUAUUAUGGCUAUCGUUAUCCGUAUUACGGUCACCACUAUCUUCGCCGUUACGGUUACGGUUACCCUCACUCUCACUACCACAAGACGGUCCACAAGCACCACAAGCGUUCUGCAGACCCCUCACCAUCUCCUGAACCCGAACCCGAAGCCUUAGCCAGUGCCGAACCCCAUAACCCGUACUAUGGCUAUCGUUAUCCGUAUUAUGGUCACCACUAUCUUCACCGCCGUUACGGUUACGGUUACCCUCACUCUCACUACCACAAGACGGCCCACAAGCACCACAAGCGUUCUGCAGACCCCUCACCAUCUCCUGAACCCGAACCCGAACCCGCCUUAGCCAGUGCCGAACCCCAUAACCCGUACUAUGGCUAUCGUUAUCCGUAUUACGGUCACCACUAUCCUCACCGCCGCUACGGUUACGGUUACCCUCACUCUCACUCCCACAAGACGGCCCAUAAGCACCACAAGCGCUCUGCAGACCCCUCACCAUCUCCUGAACCCGAACCCGAAGCCACAGCCGAUCCUGAACCCCAUUACAGAUACCCAUACCGCUACCAUGGCUAUCACGGCUAUCCCUACCACUACUACAGACACUCAUGGUAGGACAGCGGGUUCUCCCAUGAUCCCGCCGUUCCAGACUAUGUCCGGUUCUCAUGCCCGAUAGUCCGGGUUCGCUCACCUGGUUUUUCGGACACUGAUGAACCAUCAAGGUUGAUGAUGAUGCUGGCACCCCAUAAGACUGUGUGAAUCGUUUUCUUUGAUCUUCAGUUAAGCACAAACUCAAAUAAAUCUUCAUUGACUUGA